CCAAUAUACACCCAAAGGUCCAUUUAAGAUAUUUUCCAGCAAAUAUCUCAAAACACAGGCAAGAUCUUUUUACAAAAUCACUCAAUCUGGGUCAUAUAUCCCUCAUUUACUGUAGAUAACUCUAGACCGAAAGUCCAAAACAUGAUUACAUGAACACACUUGUGAUCGUCAAUUCCUUGCCUGAACAUGGAAAAUCAACAUCUGUCUGAAGAACUAUCUGAUUGGCAACAAAUCCAAGCAAGUGAAAAUGAGACUGAAGUAUCUGUUUUCCCACCUAGAAAUCAUGAAAACUUGCCUACUACAAACCCACGGGACAUCGAUCAACCUUUGCAAGAACAAGAACCGAUAAAUUCGACAGACAACAACGAUGGUGUGGGGAGAUGGAAAAGGCUGCGUUUGGAAAUGCGAAAUGCGAUUUUCUGGAUUUCUGGAAAGCUCGGAAAAUAUUUCAGUAGCAAGAAAGUUGGACUACAGUCAAUAUUUGCGUGGACAGCGAGUGGGAUUGCUUGUUUGCUGAUGGUUUAUCUUUUGCACAGAAGAGUUUUGGUGUGGUGGCAGAGAAGAAUGCCGCUUAGCAGUCGCAAGGAGAGGAUGAUGGAGUUUGUAAGACAGAAAGACGAGUGUACAUAUUGUCUAUUUUCUACAGAAAAUCAACCAGCUUUUACUCCAAAUUGCCCAAAUGAACGAAUUUUUACAUGCUCGCCGGAGGGUCAAAGUCAUUUGGGUGAAAUGAGCAGUGGACAAGCUAAAAUGAAAAAGCUACAGCAGCACAUCAAAAGUACAUGA